AUGUCACUCAUUAAUUUUUAUAAAGGUGAAAUAAAUGGGCUUAAAAGUGAGCUGGAAAUUCUUGAACAUGUAAUUAAAACUGAUAAUGAAUUUUUUAGAUAUAAAUACGAUUACGCCAGAAUUUUUUCCAUCAUUGAUGCAACCAUGGCUAAACUGUUAGCUACAAAAAAAAGGAAAAUUGCAAGAGAUGUCCAGGAUUAUGCUUCGAACAAAGCCUACCCCCGUCCUCCAUUUAACCCUAAUAGACUUGGGGCUACAUCAUAUAAUUCUAGGCCACUUAGUGAACCCAGUAGAAAACAAGAAAUUAAUCUUGAUUCAAGCAUUACUAAUACUGAUGGCGAGGAAACCCAGCCGGUACGUAGGAGCGAAAGGCUCAAUAACAUGAAUAAUAAUAACAACAAUAACAAUAAUAUGAAUAAUGGCAAUGCUGGGCAUCAAGGUUUAAAUGGUAACAACAACCAGCGGGGUCCUAAUAGACCGUCAGAUUUUCAGAUGGCCCAAGGAGGCAGGAACAACCACAAUCGCAGAGGGAACAGGAAUCAGGGGCAGGCACGGAAUCAACGGAAUCAGUGGAGGAGAUGA